AUUGAGCAGAUUUGAGCAAGAGCGGGUGGUAGAGAGAAGGAGAGAGGUAGAGGUAGAGGUAGAGGUAAGGACAGACGAGGAGAGGUAGCAAGAGAACGAGAGAGAGUGUGUGUGAUAGUGAAGGCGAGGAUGAAGGCUACAUUGUUUGCUCGAGCUAUGGCUGCUAGGAUCCUGGGACAGUCUCUAGUUUCCAGUAGUCGUUCUUUCUGUUCAGGAGCCUUGCCUGUACAAUGCAGACCGCCACAGCAAGUGCUCGUAAAGGACGGUGGACUGCAUGUGCAAUGGAGCCAAUCCCACUCGUCCUUCUAUCACAGGGAUUGGCUGCACAGGAAUCGGCCUGGCGUCUUGUCCUCGAGCGGCCAGAACAUGCAGGAAUCUUGUUCCAACGCGCCAGACGGAAUCGGAUCGGCGACUUUGAACGGGGAGAAGAUGACAAUCGACAUCGUGUGGAAGGACGAGGGUCUCAGUGUUAGCGAGUAUCCAGUCAACAUGCUGCUCGAGCACGACUGCUCGAGCGAGGCCCUGAACAAGAGGAAGAUGCAGCGCAGGCCGACUCCGCUCAAGGAGAGGAACGGGGGAAUAGUCCCUCGAAUAUCCUACGAGCGGGUGACGACGUCAGAGGAUGGCGUCUUCGAGUGGAUGGACCACGUAAUGCGCGAUGGACUCUGCAUCGUGCACGACACACCAUGCCAUGAGGGGCAGGUGACAAAGCUGGCAAGGCGGAUAGGGAAUGUGAUGGACACAAUCUACGGAGAGAUCUGGGACGUGCGGCUUGAGAAUGAUCCGAUCAACAUCGCGUACACGAACCUCGGACUUGACCUGCAUCAGGAUCUCGUAUACUAUGAGAGCCCGCCGGGUCUACAGCUCCUUCACUGCAUGAAGUUCGACGAGGGCAUCCAAGGGGGGAAUUCUACCUUUGCUGAUGCGAUACAAGCAGCCGAGCUUUUGAGAAAGACAGACAAAGAGGCAUUCGACACGCUUGUCCGGGUUCCUGCCACGUUCCAGAAGAUUCAUUAUGCAAGAGCAUCUCCGGUUCACCUCAAGUAUCAACGUCCACAUAUUGUGUUGAACCACGACGAGGAAGUCGUUGGAGUCUUCUGGGCGCCAGCGUUUGAGGGUCCGCUACAAGUCCCGGAGGCGCAGGUGCAGCGAUACUUCGAGGCAUACAAGAAGUUCGCCCACCUUGUUGAAGAUGAAGCGAAUGGGCUCAAAAUCAGCUUCCGGCUGAAGGAGGGUGAAACUGUUGUGUUCAAUAACCGCCGUAUGCUGCACGGGAGGACCUCCUUCAAACCUUCUGGGCCUGCGAGUGCAACCAGACACCUGCAGGGCUUGUCAGAACUUAGCGGGCAGCGAGUCGAGAAAUAUCCGGGUGGGAGAUCAAAACUACUUCUAAAAGCAGCAGGGCGUUGGGCACCGCUCUGA